UUUGUCCCAUUAGGCCGUCCAAAUACUUAUAAUCAUCAUAAUCUCCCUCAUUAUUAUUAGAAAAUAUAUAUUUGGUAAACAAAAUCUCCUUUAGUUACAACUUAAGUCUCAUUCCAUUACUUAAUUGUCAAAAUUAAUAUCAAAAUCAAAUCAUUUUAUCCAAUUGACUGACUUUGUUGAGUGAGAGAGAGAGAGAGAGAGACCCCUUUGUAUUGGUCUUUUGGGCUUAUUCCUAGUAACCAAUCAGUCAGUCUUUGAGAGAGUGUGAUAAUAUGAAAAGGUACAGAAAUGGCGAAAUUUGGGAUUUCGAGCACCACGUUCCCCUGGCUUUAGCUGCUAGAGAUGUUAUUCUGGGCUUGGACGGUGGCACUACUUCUACUGUCUGCAUUUGCAUGCCGGUCAUCCCCUUCUCUGACCCACUCCCCGACCGCCCGCACGUGCUCGCACGCGCCGUCGCCGGCUGCUCCAACCACAACAGCGUUGGUGAAGCUGCUGCUAGGGAGACGUUGGAGCAAGUUAUGGCGGAGGCGCUUCUGAAGUCGGGUUCAAACCGGUCUGCAGUUCGAGCUGUUUGUCUUGCUGUGUCUGGUGUUAACCAUCCAACUGAUCAGGAAAGAAUAUUAGACUGGCUUAGGGAUAUCUUUCCCACCCAUGUCGGGCUAUAUGUUCAGAAUGAUGCUGUAGCUGCUCUGGCAAGCGGAACUAUGGGAAAACUCCAUGGAUGUGUUUUAAUUGCCGGAACAGGAACCAUUGCUUAUGGAUUCACAGAAGAUGGUAGAGAAGCAAGGGCUGCGGGUGCUGGGCCUGUAUUAGGUGAUUGGGGAAGUGGAUAUGGAAUAGCUUCACAGGCAUUAACUGCAGUUAUCAAGGCCCACGAUGGCCGUGGUUCACAUACAAGACUUACAUCUAGUAUUUUACAAUCGCUUGAUCUUUCUUCUCCAGAUGAACUAAUUGGGUGGACAUAUGCAGAUCCAUCUUGGGCUCGAAUUGCUGCACUUGUCCCAGUUGUUGUAUCUUGCGCGGAGGCUGGUGAUGAUGUUGCAAAUAGAAUUUUGUAUGAUUCUGUCGAGGAGUUGGCAUCAAGUGUGAAAGCUGUUGUUCGAAGACUUGACUUGGGUGGAGAAGAUGGAAAACACUCCUUUCCACUCGUCAUGGUUGGUGGUGUACUUGAAGCAAAUAAGAGGUGGGAUAUAGGAAAAGAAGUUGUGAAGUACAUCAAUAAGGACUACCCUGGUGUCAUUUCAAUUAGGCCUAAGGUGGAGCCUGCAGUUGGUGCAGCUUGGUUAGCUUGGAAUUUUUUCAUGAAAGAAUCUUUGAGAGGAUGCUUGAAAAGCUGACCACUGAAGAUUUGUAGGUUCAAUUGUAUAGUGAAAAAACAAACAACCAAGGGAAAAGUGGCAGCAGCAGUCAUUAUGAUUAUUUAAUCCAUCUAGUAUAGGGGAUAUUGCUCUACCUGGAGUGUUUGGUAGGCAGAUUUUUUUGUAUGAUUUUUCAAAAUAGUGUGUUAUCUUCACAUGUAACAGUGUUCCUUGUUCAUAGUAUUGUGAACUGUAUAACAGUAUAUUUAAGAUAAAGGCCGUCAUUUACUCA